AUGGGGAAUGAUAAUUCUGCUGUAAAGAAACUUAAAGAGCAUCUACAUUUGACUUUUCAUAUCAAAGACUUAGGGUCACCUAAGCAUUUUCUUGGAAUUGAGAUAGCUCGCUCAGAUCGGGGCAUCUCAUUAAGCCAACGGAAAUUUGUGAUGAAAAUAAUAUCAGAAGCAGGAUUAUCAGGCUGUAGACCAUCAGUCAUCCCUAUUGAGCAAAAUGCUAAAUUGACUUAUGUUGGCUAUGACACUGGCGUAUCCUCCUCUUCUGAUGAUCCGUUGUUACAAGAUCCCUCAGGAUAUCAGAGACUCGUGGGUAAAUUGAUAUAUCUCACCAUGACUAGGCCAGAUAUUUGCUAUGCAGUUCAGACUCUUAGUCAGUUUAUGCACAGUCCAAAGCAGUCUCACAUGAACGCAGCCUUGAAUAUUGUGAGAUACUUAAAGACCUGUCCAGGUUUGAGAAUACUUCUUUCUCGAAAGUGCAACGUGGAGAUUACGGCCUAUUGCGAUGCAGAUUAUGCCACAUGCCCUAUGAGUAGGAUGUCUAUUACUGGUUUCUGCAUCAAAUUUGGGGAAUCACUUCUUUCAUGGAAGACAAAGAAACAGUCUACCGAAUCUUUAUCAUCGGCUGAAGCUGAAUAUCGAUCUAUGGCCAAGACUGUUUGUGAGAUAGUCUGGUUAAGGGGUUUACUUCUGGAUCUCGGAGCUCCUGUUAAAGGACCAACUCUACUCAUCUGUGAUAAUGAUUCAGCACUCAAGCUUGCAGCAAAUCCUGUACUGCAUGAGAGGACAAAGCAUAUAGAAGUCGAUUGUCAUUUUACUCGAGAAAAGAUUCAAGAAUGA